AUGCAGCCUUCCGGCGCCUGCGGGCCGGGAGGCCCUGCCAUUACCGGACCUUCGCUCCUCUCUGCGCCCGCAUCCCCUCCGUAUACAGAGCAGAAUGUCCGUGAAAUGAUUGCGGCGCUCUACUCGCCCGCUGCUGGAGUGACGCCUGUACAGGCAAACGAGUUCCUUGUCGACUUUCAGCAGCACGCGUCUGCGUGGCCCAUCUGCAUUUCCUUCUUGAACCAUUUCGCACUCUCUUCGCAGUCCGCCUCUCCACUUGACGCCAGCGACGAGUGCAUCCUCUACUUUGCUGCUCAAACGCUCGCGGCGCAAGCGCGAGCCGGCUUCCCUCAGCAGCUGUCCCUGGUGUUCGCGGAAAGGCACGGGGGCGCGCUGGGAGGAUGUGCGAAGGAGCGACGCAACGUCGUCUCCUCGAUCUUCAAAGAACUCCGGGAGGGCCUUUUGCAUCUUCUCGUCUCCUGCAGACGCGCGCCGAAACCCGUCGUUCGCCAGCUCGCCGUCGCCCUCUCCGCGGCGCUUGUGUUUGGGGCUUGCGGCGGGAGUGAACACGGCGGAGACAGAGACAUCGAAGCCGCGAGCGGCGGAGACGACGAGGAGCUAAAGGAAGAAAUUGCCCUAGACGAGGUCCUCGUCCCGUUAGGACAGAAGCUCGGAGAACAGGCUGCCGCGCCGCUCCUGGAACUCCUUGCUGCUCUGCCCCAGGAGGUUUCCAGUCAAAGGCUCUCUCUGUCGAAGCCUCAACGCCUCGCCGUCCUCAGUGCGCUCCUGCAGCGGCACGCGUCGAGUGCGCUUGCUGCCGCCGCCUCGGUCUUCGAUUUCCUGGAGAGACGCGAGCAAGCGCUUCUCUCUUCCCCUGAGCCUGCGGCCGCAGCCCAGAUUUCCUCACUGAAAUCAGGCAAGAUCCCACGCCGCACGAAAUGGAGGUUCCCGGACGGGCAUUGCUGCCAGAGUGUGCACGUGAAAAUGUCUCAACUGCCUCACAAGUCGGCCUCGCCCGUGGCUCAAGGCGCCGUAGACGCCGGCCCCCGGGCCCUGUCUCCGGAGACAAUCGACGGGCUCCAGGCGGCUGCGGACGCAGUCGCGGCCCUGGCGGCGCUUGCGACCGCGGUCGCAAAUGAGGAGCGCGGCGAGGACGACGCUCGAGGCCGAGGAGACGUGGCGCCGCACGAAGGGCCAUCGUCCCAGCGAGGCGGGGAAGCUGACGGAACCCACUGCAUCCGACAAGUCAUGGAGGCGAUUGUUCACGGCUACGCAGUCGGUUGCGAGGCACUGCAACAGGAGGAAAGACGGUUUCGGGCGCCCGUGGAUGCCGAUCGACUUCAAGCCUUCUCAGCGGGGCUCAUUGAAUUGGCGAAGGAAGUCCUCCCGGCCUUUUUCCACGGAGACCCGUGGCCGCUGCCUCCGUCCUCUGUCUCGGCCCCGUCUUCACAUCCCCUCGUCCCCGCCCUGGAGCACAUCUGCGCGUUUGCUGCAGACACGCUGGUGCCGCACCCUUCCCUCGAGGUGAAGGAAAUCGGACUGGACUUCCACUACAACUUCCUGUUCCACUUCAUGAGUCUGGUCUCCCAGCAGCAGGAGCUUUCGCAGAAUCUGCGGUCUCUCCAGCAGGCCUGUCUCGCCGAGCACCAGGAGAGAAGGGCGCGGGCUUCUCAGAGCGACGGCUGCGCUCGAGCCGAUGGGACAUCUGUCUCUCUUUCUGCCGAUGGCGCCGCGCCUGAAGCUGACGGCGCGAGCUCUGCGGCGGAAGACUCCGUCGACGUGGACUCGAGCCCCGCCUUCGCUGCAGCGAAACGGAUCUACGACGCCGUGGCUGUGGAGACAGAAGAGCGGAGACAGCGCCUCUUGCAUGUAUACCUCCACUUCCUGGAUGUGCUCCUAGGGCAGCUGGGCGCACCUUCCGCCGACGCGGUCGUCGACGAGCGCGUCGACCUCGAGAGAUGGAGCCGCUUCCGAGACGAGGCCGCAGUGAAUUUGACGGAGGCGACUCUUGUCGUUGGCCACGCUCGCCUCCUUGAAAAAACCAAAGAGGAGCUCGGAAAGAUCCUCGCGCUCGCUGCCGUGGGACCGGCCGACUCGGCGAACGGUGACAGUGCAGGCGCGGCAACAAACCUCAAGAAGGCGCACUCAGCUGAAGCCUCACUGCCCUGGCAACGCCUGGAGGCCUGUCUCUUCGUCCUCACCACUGUCGCCCCGCGCGCCCCCGCGGGCGAAGACAUGGUGAUUCCGCUGUCUCUGGAUCUGCUGCCUCGGCUUCCGUACGAGACGGCUCUCGAUUUGGGAAACGCCGAGGCAGUGAGUGGCAAGACGCCGAGAAGGUCGACCGGCGAAGAACGAGAAACCGCAGCUCUCUUCCUGCACGCUGCUGCGGGCCGCUUCAUCUUGUGGACCGCCGGCUACAUUGGAACUCAGACGCGCCUGUUCGCGUCGCUCAUUCACUUCCUCACGUGCACGGCCUUGCCUUUCGUCAUCAGAGUCGCCCAGCGGCAGAAAGCUGCGCUACACGGUGAAGCUGCAGUCUGCAAACUCCGCGAACUGGCGGAAGAGGUCCUCGUCGAAGCCGUGAAAGCGCUCGAUGCUUCUGCGGCCCCCAUGUUGGCCGAAGAAGCCGCAACGGAGGAUGUCAACCUCAUUCUGAACUCGAUCGUUUCUCUCAUACUCGAAGAAAGUCUCAGCAUCGACAGUCGCGCGUCCUUGGUUUUAGCGGCGGGUGCAGUCCUGGCGCCGAUGCCUGCUGAUCGAAUGCGCACGCUCCACAGGCAGCUGUUGAGUUCGCUCGGCCAGAAUCUUCGGGAAGUCCUCGCGCAGCCCGACAGCUCCACGGCGGCUUACCGGAAUGCUGUCAAGCUCUUCUUCUCUGCGGUGCAAAGUCUGCGCCCUUCCUACGCGUUGCCUCUUCCGCCUCACGCAGCAGAUCUCUGCGAGCCCAUUCCGAAAGACAGCCCGUACCGGCACCCAGUCCUCGAUGUGACGCAAGAACUGUGGGAAACAAUUGAAGUGGCGAUGAGGAAUUCCAGGCGACAGGAGCAUCUGUACGAGCAGUCGACCUACGCGAUUGUCGCCGUCAUCUCAACCUGUCGGGCUCACGUCCCGCGUUACCUGAUCCUCUUCCGUUUCCUCGACGUCCUCGCGGAAACCUUUGCAGUGUAUCCCACCGCGUACCACUUGGGCGCGCUUCGCACGCUGGAAGGCCUCUUUGGCAGCGCACCUGAAGAGCCCAUCUUGUCGGCAGUAUGCGACUGCUUGAGGCGGUGUGUCCUGGCGACGCUGGAGCGAAUCAACGUCGAAGGGGAGCACUACGUGUACCGGCAGCCGGACCUCGUGGGCAUGACGGUGGACUGCGUCAACAUUGCACUGCUUCAUCCCCUUCUGGCCAUCCGCUUUCUCCAGUCCUCCCCCACCGGCGUCUUUCAGAGCGAGAUGGCAGGAGCCGCGACGGACCCGCGGAACUGGUUUUGCACCCUCGCCCUCGCCGUUCUCCAAUUCGCGCCGACUUGUCACCAUCCAAAGGUUCUCCACACCUUCAUGGUUUUCUUCUCGCGGCUCGCAGGCUGGACAGACCCUCCCUCUCAGCUGCACGCCUUCGACCGCGGCGGCUCAAUUCCCUGGCUGUUAGAGGCCGCAGAGAAGACCCAGCAAGCUGUGCUGGCGCUUCUUGUAAAGCCCGAACCGCCUGCUUUUUCGCAAGCAUUUCCUCGUGGUAAGCCGGACGCCGCGAAGGCACAAGGCGACAAGACUUACGCGGCUGUGGCGAUCCACGCGAUCAUCCAAGCGCUCGCGAGCGUGCAUUCAGCUAUCCAAUCGUGGAUAGGAAAUGCCGCGCAGGCGCUUCUUCUUCUUCUCCACCAUCCCGCUUUGGCCGAGCAGGGCCGUGCAGCUCUGGAAGCCUCUGUGAUGCUGGCAGAGGACGCCAAGGCGCAGUUCCAGAGAAGCAAAUUCUGUGCAGUGUUUCCUUCCGGAGCUACACCGGGUGGCGAGGCCGAGCAGUGA